CGUGUCGCUUUGGCUGGUAGGGUAGGUGUCGUCGCAUGGACUGACAUGGCCACCGAUCUCGCCAUGAGCGCAGAUUUGCCCAACAGCCCCCUGGCUAUUGAAUAUGUCAACGACUUCGACCUCAUGAAGUUUGAAGUCAAGAAAGAGCCCCCGGAGGCCGACCGCUAUUGCCAUCGCCUGCCUCCGGGCUCGCUAUCCUCCACCCCAAUCAGCACACCCUGCUCCUCGGUGCCUUCCUCGCCCAGUUUCUGUGCCCCCAGUCCCGGAUCGCAGCCUGGGCAGAACCUCGGAAAUGGUGUCAACAACAACAACGGUGGCAACAACAACCAAGGCUCCUCGGGCAAGCCGCAGCUGGAAGAUCUCUACUGGAUUCCUAACUACCAGCAUCACAUCAGUCCAGAGGCCCUCAACCUGACGCCCGAGGACGCGGUGGAAGCGCUUAUCGGUAACUCGCACCACCACCACCAUCACCACCAGCCCUACGAGGGAUUCCGUGGUCAGCAAUACGUCGGAGAUGACCUCUCGACGGCCACGAACGGUCACCACCACCCGGUGCACCACCACCACCAUCAUCACCACGGCCACCACGCGCGCAUCGAGGACCGCUUCUCAGACGAGCAGCUGGUGAGCAUGACAGUGCGCGAGCUUAACCGGCAACUGAGAGGCUUCAGCAAAGAAGAGGUGAUCCGUCUCAAGCAGAAACGGCGAACCCUGAAGAACCGCGGCUAUGCACAGUCGUGCCGCUACAAGCGCGUGCAGCAGCGCCACAUGCUCGAGAGCGAAAAGUGUACGCUUCAGAGUCAGGUGGAGCAACUCAAGCAAGACGUGGCGCGUCUGAUAAAAGAGCGGGACCUGUACAAGGAGAAGUACGAAAAGCUCGCGAGCCGAACCUUUAACGGCGGCGGCAACACUCGGGACCCGUCCAACGGCACUCACGGAAAAAACACUUCCACGGAAUUCUUCAUGUGAGAGUAAUUCUUGUUAAAGACUUUUUCCGCACCAACGUAUUCGUUUUUUAAACCUUAAUUUUUUUAUGAUUUUCAGAGUGAAUUUUAUUUGCAGUUCUUAUCUUAAAUACUCAAUGUCCACUUUAGAGCAUACACUCUUAAAAAUAAAGGUCUGAUGCCAUAGGAGAACCUUUUUACGUUCCACAAAUAAAUAUUUUAUUCUCAAAGACUCUAUAGAGAAAUAUCUAGGUGGUGCUUUACAAAACCCAAUGUGCAAAUCAAGAGAACCCAUAAUGUAACAUCCAGCUCUUCUUUUCCAAAGAACUACCCACUUUUACCGCCAAAAUGGUUAUUGACAAACAAGUCAAGUUCUUUGCUGAACUUAAAGUGCUGAAAAGAUACAUUAAAGAACCUUUAUUUUUAAGAGUGUAGAGUCUAACAUUACAACGACAUAUUUAAAGUCUUCACUCAUUAUUUGUGUACAUAUAGUACUGUACCAUAAAAGUCUUAAGGUUAGUAAAUAUGGGAUCACGCAUAACCUCCAAAGACCCAUUAGUUUUGGAUUCUGUAAUAAUUUUUUUUUUUUUUUAGUUAUAGGCUAACUGCAAAGUCCGACAUGUUUAUAGACAUACAGUCGCUUCCUUAAUCUGUUUUUUUUUUUUUUUUUUUGGUCUUAGCCGAUUUACGAGUCUUAAUGAAGAUGAGAACAUACUGGAAACGAAACUUCAGCCUGUGAAGGGACUUUGUAAGGAACAAUAAUCAUAUUAAAACACUUAUAAGCAAGAAAGGGAGAUAGCAAUACAUCCUUGACAUUUCUCAGUCAUGAACUGAGGUUGAGGGGACUUAUGAACUUUUAGGGCCCUCAAGCAUUGCUCAAGUCUGCAUUACCCCACCAAUCCUGCAUGCGGGACAUGUACGGUACUCCAAACGCGCCAGGUCCUGUCUCUCUCUUCCUCAUACAGCACUUGGAUGAAAAGCAUGGCCCUUAACCACUCUCUCUUCUCUCUCUCUUUUUUUUCGUUUCUUCUGCUCGACACAACCCGUGUAUGUGAAGGAACUCAUGCGUACCUGCGAAAUCACAUGAAAUCCGUCCUUGCAUUUCUUUUCUAUUGUUUAAAAAGUGCAGAAUAAGAACAAAGAAAAAAAAAACACCGAACUGAGCCAGAGUUAUUUAUUCCCACUUGUAAAUAUGUAGGUCAAAUGGUGUGUUAAUUUAACUUUCUUUUUAAAGUCCUUUUUGCUUGAUUAUUUAAAACGUCUUAAUACGAUGUUUGUAUGUAGUAGCAUGCAAAUGACAAAGAUAUUCUCAUCCUAUUGAAUAUUGUACAUUUUCAAAGGAAGCCUACUGCACUACGAUUCGAAGAAUUGGGAUUUAUAUAACAUUUAUUUUCCUCUGUGUUAAUCGAAUUGCUGUUAUGGUGGACAUAGUCGAUCUAAAGUGCAUAUAAACACAAUGACUUUAAUUGCUGCUAAUAUUCUAUGCACCAAAUUCAUAAGCAAUUAACAGAAGCUCUGAUUAUGUGAGUUUUGUACUUCAAAAUAAAUGAAGGUAUGUAAAAAACUGGUUGGACAGAA